GUAAGCAUUAUACUUUUAUUAGCGUGUUGGUACUGGAUCAAAAUGCAUUUUUUUCUGUCUAUAAUUUUUCUAAGUUUCACUGCACAAGCUCAUUGUGCCGAUCAUUUAAACAGCUGGCACGAAUCUGUUGGCAUUAAAAAUGCUGAGGAAAUCAAGAAGUAUGAAGCUAACCGCAUUGUUGGAGGAGCGGUUGCUCCUGUGGAUGCUCACCCGUAUCUCGUUGGUUUACUGAUUGACCUAUGGGGUUCUCCGUCAGUCUCAGCCUGUGGUGGAUCACUCUUGUCUCAUAACAGGAUCUUGACAGCGGCACACUGCUGGUACGACGGAGUUUUUACAGCAUGGAGAUUCACUGCCGUCCUAGGUUCACCGUUUCUUUUCCAUGGAGGAUUGAGAGUAAUACCCGAUAGAAUUGCUAUACACCCAGAAUACGAUGCGAGAACAUUCGCAAAUGAUAUCGCUAUGCUCAUGACACCAGUUCGCAUCCCGUUCACGCACAACAUUCAACCCAUACUAUUACCCCAAGGCGAAAUGUUACAAGAGAGCUUCGAAGGAGAUUGGACUAUAGCAUCGGGGUAUGGGAGGUAUUCUGAUUUAAACAAUCCUACUACAAAUACGAUGGCAAGAUACGUUUUCCUCAGAGUGAUUUCAUUGGCGAAGUGCAGAUCUUUCUAUGGCAAUAUCGUGUUGGACUCUAACAUUUGCACCAAUGGGCACGGAGGCACAGGAAUCUGUCAGGGAGAUUCGGGAGGACCUUUGAUAGUGAUUCGGCAUGGGCAACCAGUACUGAUCGGCGUCAGCUCGUUUGUGGCUCGUGAUGGUUGUGAAUUAGGUUUUCCGUCAGCGUUCGCUAGAGUUUCCACUUACAUAAACUGGAUACGUCAACGACUAUAAGUCUUAUAAUUAUUUAUGCCAAUCAACCGUUGAGCCUGCGCUGCGUUCAGCAG